GAAGGUGGACCAAAAGGCAAGGCAAGCAAACCACUAUUUCUCGAGCUCGGCCACCCUUUCCAACUCCAUCUCCAUCUCCCUCUCCCUCUGCUUCGCCUUUUCUUUUGCCUCCCACAGUAGCAGGAUUUUGAUAAGGCAAGCCUCUGCCGCCUCUGUCUCUGCCUCCUCUUGCUCCGCGGCCGGAUUUGGGGCCGCCAACCUUUGUUUCCGUCUGGUCUGACUCUUUCCUUGAUCGUAAAGUUGCCUUCUUUGGAUCGUUCCAUGGUUCUUGAUGGUGGAUGAAAUCAGUUCAUGAGGAUAUAGGGCUGAACACUUCGUUUCUUACAUAUUUUCUGUCUUCCUCGAUAUAUACCUCCAUCCUGUUAUUUGUGUUUUGAUUGAUCCUUUUUCUUUGACUGCUUCGCUGUUCAUGUUAAGGAUCUUAUUUCGUAGAACUGCAGAUUUUGAUUCGUGUCAAAUUAAGUCUGUGGUAGCUUUAGUUCCGUAAAAGUUAGAGAUUGGCAGCUAUCCGGAAUCAACUGGUGGCAUUCCACCAGCAUUUCACCGAACUCUGGUUCUUCGUAUAACCCUUGACGAGAAAUUAGGAUUUGUAGAUCUUAUUCUGGUUGCUGGACUGUAAGAAGGGUUAGUACCAGGUGAUUACUUAGGGUUUAUCUUGAUCUAAAUUUAGGUAGUGUAGAAGAUAUCUGGUUCAAUGGUUAUGGAUUCUGGCCUCCGUGAAUUGUCCGGCAUGAUUAGCGGACUGAGUUAUGAUGAUUUCUAUUCCGAUCAAAACAUUUUCCGGGCUAUUGGGUUAGGAGAGUCGCAGCCCUUUCUAGGGCAUGUUAACUAUGUAGACUUGGCACAAAUGUCUUCCCUGACCAACCAAAGUAGCUAUCCGACAUCCAUUAGCACAAGUGUCGGGGGUGAUAAUCCAGAAGAUAGUGAUAUCUUCUACUCGGACAUCGCCCUAAACUACAUAAGCCGAAUGCUUCUGGAGGAGGAUAUAGAUGAGAAGGUUAGUACUUACAAAGAAGACUCAGCCCUUCGAGCUGCGGUGAAACCCUUCUAUGACAUCCUUGGCCAAAAGUACCCACCAUCCCCUGAUCGGCCACUGUUCGAUGGUCACCAUUGUUCAGGGAGCCCUGAUGAGAGAAGCAAUGAUCGGUAUGGGAAUCUCUAUAGAGGUGGUGCCAGUAGUAGCAGCAGGGUUGCAGACAAUAGCUCCGUCUGUGAUUCUUCGGAUUACCAACAGUCACUCACUUGCCCGGGUUCUGUUGAUUAUUCACCUCAGACUCCAUCUAGCUCCUAUAACAGCAUCAGUAGCAUAGAGGAGCCAUUUAAUAAUGUGACCAUAUCUCCUAAUUUGUUUUUCGGAAGCAUGCCGACCUGGCAUUUCAAGAGAGGAGUCGAAGAAGCACGCAAGUUCCUUCCCAGCAAUGAUAAAUUGUUUAUCAACUUAGAGUCUAAUGGUGUUUCAUCGGUUCAGAUACCAAAAAGAGAUGGUAAACUGUGCAAUAGCAAGGGGAAGGUGGAGAAAACAAUUUCGUCAAAUGGUUCCAGAGUUCGGAAGAAUCCAAACAUGGAGGACUUGGAUUUGACAGAGGGGAGGAACAAUAAACAGUCGGCUGUUUCAUCUGAUGGAGAAGUCAGGUCUGAAAUGUUUGACAUGGUUUUGCUUUAUCAGGGAGAUAAAUGCUCUAAGAAGAUGUCUGAUCUACGGGAAGCAAUGCAGAAUGAGGCAAGCAAAAGUGCCCAGAAUGUUCCAACAAAGGGUUCAAGUGGUGGCAAGACACGACGAAAGAAGCAAACAAAGAAAGAGGUGGUGGAUCUCAGAACUCUUCUCAUCCUGUGUGCGCAAGCUGUGGCAGUUGAUGACAGGCGAACCGCUAAUGAACUGCUGAAGCAAAUUAGACAGCACUCUUCACCUAAUGGAGAUGGGUCUCAGAGGUUGGCACAUUGCUUUGCGGACGGUCUUGAGGCUCGCUUAGCUGGCAUGGGAAGUCAGAUCUAUCAGGCUCUUGUGGCAAAGAGGACCACCGCAACCGAUAUAUUGAAGGCUUAUCAUUUGUAUCUUGCAGCAUGUCCGUUCAAGAGGAUUUCACAUUUUUUCUCUAAUCAGACGAUACUUAAUCUGGCAGAGAAGGCAUCAAAGGUUCAUAUCAUUGAUUUUGGCAUCUAUUUUGGGUUUCAGUGGCCAUGCCUUAUCCAGCGUCUCGCCACUAGGGAGGGUGGCCCACCAAAAUUGCGAAUAACUGGUAUCGAUGUGCCUCAGCCAGGUUUCCGUCCCACAGAGAGAAUUGAAGAGACAGGGCAAAGGCUGGCAGCUUAUGCAAAAGGUUUUAAUGUUCCUUUCGAGUAUCAGGCCAUUGCCUCUAAAUGGGAGAGCAUUCGGGUUGAGGAUCUUCACAUUGCUAAAGAUGAGGUUGUGGUGGUCAACUGUUUGUACCGCUUCAGGAAUCUCAUUGAUGAGACUGUCAUUGUGGAUAGUCCCAGGAAUCGGGUCCUCAACACAAUUAGGAAGAUGAACCCAGAUGCUUUCAUCCAUGGAGUCGUAAAUGGAUCAUACAGUGCCCCCUUCUUUGUAACACGCUUCCGAGAGGCUCUCUUCCACUUCUCUGCUUUGUUUGACAUGCUUGAAACGAAUGUGCCGUGCGACGAUGAACAAAGGUUAUUGAUCGAGAAGGAUCUCUUUGGAAGGGAGGCUCUUAAUGUUAUAGCAUGUGAAGGCUCAGAAAGGGUCGAGAGACCUGAGACAUACAAGCAGUGGCAGGUCAGGAACCUCAGGGCUGGGUUUGUGCAGCUUCCGCUGGACCCCGACAUCAUGAAGAAAGCCAAUGAUAAGGUGAAGAGCUGCUAUCACAAGGAUUUCGUUAUCGAUGAAGAUAGCCGAUGGUUGAUUCAGGGAUGGAAGGGAAGGAUCACUUAUGCCAUAUCCGCAUGGAAGCCUACUGAAGCUUAGUGUAACCUUUCGGUCAUUGCCGUAAAAGUUAAACAUGCUUCCAGGCAAUUGGUCCUGAUUCAUCUAACCAAUCUCUGAUGAGGCAGAUGGGACCGGACUUCUGUCCCAGAGAUCGGCAUUUGUUGGCAAAGAAGUCAUGAAAAUUUUGGACUGCAAAGGAAGUGAUGUUAGGAGCUGCCGACAACAACAAGAGGGUACUGAAAUAUUCUGGUUUGCAGCCAACAAACACAACAAAGAAUACGUUUGUGGGUUUGCAAGAAUUUUAUGUAUUUGAACUAUCGAAAUUAACAAUCAAAUGAAGUAGCCAUUUUAAGUUCAGAUUUCUGGCACAUCUGGUGAAAGCUUAUCCACCAGCUUAUUACAUGUAGUACUUUGUCUGAUGGGUCCAUCGUUGUCCAAAGCUUCUGCGUCUCCUCCUUCCUGUGUCAGCCACUCCGCUCCCUGCAUUGUUCUGCAGCACAUUGUACGACUGCGUCUUGAUGGCAGCAGCACGCGGAUGUGGUCUUCUAGUGUGAAUUGUUUCUUGCAUUGCUUCAAGCUAGUCUUUGUAACAGUCAACGUAUCGUCGUUCUUGUUGGUUUAAUUGAUGGGGUCGAUGACUUACUAGCGUACAUGCGGACAGAGGUACGCAUAGAUGUACAUAUGCGGCCGCCCAAUCAUUGAGGCUCUCGAAUCAUUUUAAUUUUAAGGUAUUAAGAUGAGAAACUUAAUUGACAGUUACGGGUCGAGUCGAACCAGGUUAAAACCCUACACGCACGCGUGCCUGGUUCGUGUGGGGGAGACGAGGAGGAUAAGCUCGUUUGGAGUCCCGACUUCUCUCCCCUGCUCGGUCUCGUCUUACCCGAUGGGAACUACCGCUCGCUUCCUCCACUUCCCUCCUCCCCUCCCUUCUCCUACCCGGCCCAAACCCCGACCCCUCUUCUCCCUCCUCCGCCCUUCCCUCGCCCUCUCUCCCAACUCUCCCCUCCCGCACAAGUUCCCAUCGCUCACUCUCUCUCUCGGACCCAACCACAAACACCUUGCCCUCCCUCCCCAAGCCCUCUCCAAAACCUCCUCUCUCCCGCUGCCUCCCUUCGACCUCGACCUCGACCGUGUUACCCCUCUCGCCAUCUGCAAGUGGUCCGCGGUCCUCGCCAUCGCCAUCGCCGCCGUCAAGAAGGCCGUCUCUCUCGUGCUCAACCCCUUCUUCUGGACCUAUUUUAGCUGGACCUGGAUCUUCUGGCCCUGGAUCUCCGCCGCUGCCCUCGCCGCCUAUGGCCUCCUCUGCUUCCGCAAGCACUCCCUCGGCCGCGCUUCGAUCCUCGAGCAGCUCGCCGUCGUUACCGCCGCCGUCGCCUGGCUCACGGUCGUACCCCCGGCCCACUUCAAUGGUUUUCUCGAGGGCUGGCCCGUUGUCCUCUUCUUCGUUUACCACUACUUCUUCUUCUUCGAGUCGUCCGUCCGCCGACGCCUCUACGGUGACCUCUACGCCCGCCCGCACGACACCAAGUGGGACGUCCGCCUCCCCGGCCCUUUCCAGGUCGGCUUCGCGGUCCUCGUGUUGGUCGGUCAUUGGCUUGCGGCGUACGAGGGGCCUGAGCUGCACACGAUAUCCGGCGGGUGGGCCAAUGCGGGUGUCUGGGCUCUGGUCGCGGUGACGCUCUUCAUGCGGUACCACUCGGUUCUCUAUCUGGCGAAUUACUCAGAGAAGGUGGUGGUGCCGACGGCGGUGGUGCAGUUCGGCCCCUACAGGUGGGUGCGUCAUCCCAUCUAUGCUUCGACGAUGCUGCUGUUCUCACUGCAUUGCAUCACCCUGCGGGCGCCGCUCAGUUUGCUGUUCCUCGUUGCUGUUUGUCUGGUCUACUACGGGCGGAAGGCAGAGUUUGAGGAAGCGUUGAUGGUGGAGUCCUUCGGAGAAAGGUAUACAGAGUACAUGAACAAGGUCAGAUAUAGGCUAAUCCCUUUUGUUUAUUGACUUGUAAUUUAGUCUAUGACAUUUGCUUGGUUCUCUCAAUUGAAAUUUUGCUCUUUCUAGUUGA